AUGGCUACAGGACUGUGUCCCGACCGCACGCCCCUUGUCUGCUUCCAGUCGCCCCCUUCCUCGUCUUCCGGUUCAGAGCGGAAGUAUGAAGAGCGGGCUGCGAACGGCGGGCAGGGGCUCUCCCCCUCAGCGCGCCGAUGCAACCAAGGAUCCGCCGCUCUCUCUAUUCCGGCGCUUCCUUUGGUACUGUUAGCCGCUGCGCUUUGGGCCGCGUACAUCAACCACGUUGAUUUGCCGUCGCCGGUGCCUCCGUCAGCGCAUCCGUCGGUCUUCUCUGAAGGCCGGGUGCGCUCCUUUCUCAACGCGUUUACCGCGGGUGUGCGGACACUCGGGAGCUGCAACAACGAGCUUUUCGCUCCGCUGCUGAUGCUGCGCUACAUCAAAGACGAGAUUCUGGGAGGCCGGCGGCCCUCUUCAAAGCCUGCCGCGCCGGAUUCAUCGCAGUCAGACUGCGGCGAGCGUUCCUCUCCGUCUGUGGACCCCGUCGUCGUGCAUGCGUUCUCGUAUUAUCUCCAGGCGACGUACGACCCGCCGGCCUCGUUUCCGCCCUUCCCGGCGAACAGGAAGCCACCCUCGCACCAGGAGGGAGCGCUCCCGCGCAUGUUCCCGCCUGCGCUUCUUUCGUCGCUCUCGCUGUGUUCCAUUCCUCUCGGGGGCUCUGAAUCUGGCCAUGGAACGCUUCCGGAGCACCUGCGCCGGCGUCUCUCGUCGAUCGAGGUCCCGCAGUGCGUCUCGGCGGCGCACGCGCUUCACGUGUGCGAGGGCGCAGAGCAUGCGCCGACUGCGCCGAGGCGGAGGACGACGUGGAGCGACCCCACACACGCUGCGCUCUCUGCAGCUGAGAACGAACUCGGGGAAGCUUGGGAGAAGCCGAGUGCGGCGGCUCUCCAGGCGGCUGUCGAGAGCGCGGUAGACGCCUACGACGCCGCUGUGGACGCGGGCCUCUCCGCGUCGUUCAAGCACGUAGUGAACACGUCGCACGAAUUCGACAGCAUCCUGGGCGCGCUGCACCCCCCAACGACGCUCGGAACCUCUUCGGCUGCGACCGCGGCAGCCGCGACGUCUUCCGCGAGCGUCUGGUGGGCAGGGACGCCUCAGCUGCGAACGCGUUGCUUCAAAGUCACGCGCCACUUUUUGGCGUCUGCUGAAGCGAAGGCGAUUCUGGAGGGCGGGGAGGGCAGCGAAGGAUCGCCUGCGUAUGACGACGCGGUGAGGAACCUGAUCGUUGCCGACCUCUCGUUCAGUUCCGCAGCGGCUGGGGGAGCGUUUUUCCACUGGAAGGAUGGCAGACACGUGCUCUACUCGGGCUUGUACGACCUUGCGCUGCGGCUCCAGCCCUUAGGCGUGCUGGAGAGCGACAAAAGUGCGAAGCGAAACGCCCUUCUCCUGUCCGCCCACGCGGACAGCGCGAGUGGGUCGCCCGGCGCCAGCGACGACGCCGCGAUGGUCGGGUCGCUCUUGGAAGUCGCCAGAAACGUCGUGCACAUGCACCUUGAGAGCGUGGAGAAGGGACAAAAAGGGGCGAAUGAGGGACGGAGGGCAGGCUGGGAAGGACCUAGCAGCUUUUGGAAGAUCGAAGCUCCGUUGAUCGUUGACAUCAACGGCGCCGAGGAAAUCGGGCUUCUGGGCGCGCACGGCUUCGCCACGCUUCACCCAUUCGCCCGCCAGGUCGCGUACGCUCUCAACUUGGAAUCCGCGGGUCGAGGCGGCAAGGAGAAUCUCAUCCAGACGAGCGGACCUCACGGCACGCGCAUCGUUUCUCACUACCAGUCCGCCGCAUCUUCGCCGAGCGCCUCCUCACUCGUGAUGGACGUCGGCGACAUGGGGCUCUUCCCCGGCGAAACAGAUCUUCGAGUGUGGCGCGACGUGUUGCAUGUGAAGGGAGGGAUUGAGUUCGCGUGGACUACGGACGGUUUCUACUACCACACGAAGUACGAUGACAUCCACCACAUUCGGCCGGGCGCCAUUCAGCGCGUCGGCGACCUCGCACGCGCGCUCACGCUGAGGUUAACGCAGGAUCUCGCGACCCAAGGGGACGAGGAAGGAAAGGGCGAGAGCGCACGCGUCGAGAAAAGUGCGGGCGGAGAGGGCGCGCACGUGUGGGCAGACAACGCGCGUGAUGGAGGCGCGAGCCAGGGAGACAGCUCCACGCGGAGCUCCGAGAGCGGAGCUGCGUCCACGUCUUUUUCGCUCUUCGAGACAAUGCCCAAGACAUCCUGGCCUCGCUCGUCGCAGUUUUUCGCGGACGUGCUGGGCAGCGUCCUCUUGGUGUUUCCGCUUCGCUUCUUCGAAGUUCUGCUGGUGGCGCUGGGCGCUCUUCUGGUCGCGCAAGUCCGCCUGGAGAGAUCGGUGCUUGGCCUCACGUUCUCUCUUCCUCUUCUUCUUCUCUCGGUGGGCUCCUUGCUCCUGGCGCUGAUCGCGCCGCUCGUGCUCACCGCUGUCCUCUCACAGGCGACCUCUUUUCUGCUUUUCCCCCUCAUCACCUUCUGGGACUGGCGCCUCGGCGCAGCCCUCUACGCGACGCUGGGUGCGGCCGCCUUCCUCGGCGCCUGGUACAGACUGCUGUUCAAGGGACUUUUUGUGCGCUUUCCAGCGAGUCGGCAUCCGUUCAAGGCAGAGCAAGCUGCACUCCACGGCGCCAUUGGGUUCUCGCUUCUUCUUCUCUGCGUCUUGCGCUACUCGGGGGCGCGGGCGGCGUUUGCGCCCCUUCUGUUCCUUCUCCUCGCCUCUGCGAGCCGCGUGCUGACCUUGUCGCUGCUCCACGAGCCGCGCUGCGCCGCGCCAGGGGAGGAGGCCGGCGGAGGCCGCUCGCCGAACCGCGCGGCGACCGCGAAAGCCACGACAGUGGAGCACCGCGAGGACGAGUGUCCCAACGCAUGCGGCACAUGCGGAAAGACGCCAACCUGUAAGGCGCUGAUGCUGUGCGCCGCGCACUGCGCCUUCUUGCUUCUGCCAACGAUCGCCCUGCUCCAGACGGCGUUGCUUCUGUCGAAUACAAUGGCGCCGGUGCUGGGCCGCGUGAACUCGGUGUGGGGCCUGGGAGACAGUUUCGCGUUUACAGUAUCGGUCCUUCCGUUUUUGAUUUUCCUCCUUCCUCUCCUAGUGUCGCCGGCGCUGUUUUUCUCGCUGCACCACAGCGCCGCGGAGGUCGGAGACCCCUCUCAGGGUCCUCCGCCGCGUCGCACUGCAUCGCCGAGACGGCGAACGCGGCGCAGCGUCAUGUCCCUCUGGAUCUUGCUGGGGGCCGUCGGCGCGGCGCUGGUCGCACUCGGCGUCGUGUUCGUCCAUCGAGAUCUUCCAGAAGAGGAGCUGGCGGACGGCGAAGCCCUGGGCACGGCGCGGGAGACUCCGGCAGUCGAGAGCCCCGGCGUGUUCGCGCCGGACUCGACGCGAGUCACGCGAGCACUGAGCGCAUGGCAGAUGCAGGCGGCCGCGCAGCUCCGGCGGCUCGGAAUCUUUUCGGCGGGAAAGACAGGGACAGACGAGGAGACGCUGUUUCCGUACUCGAAGGCGACUCCGCUGCGAAUCGAGGUUCGGCUCUUCAGCAGGAAGACGGUGCGCGGCUUCACGGAGGAGGGCGCGGACGAGGGCGUGCUGGCUCUCGAGGGAACCGACGGAAAAGCCGAAAAGGUUGGCGUCCUCAUCAGAGGCAUCAGUCCAUCCGGGCGCGUGAUGGAUCCCACGAGCCAUGCGACGGCGCGCGUGGUGGCGGCGUUGCGGGCGGCGGUUUCCGUCGCUCUGCGAAAGGGCGAGGGAGGAGGAGGGACAGGCAAUCUCGACGGAGACGCGGAGGCCCUUCUGUGGCCUCGCUUCAUCUCAGAGGAGAAGUUCGUGCACUUUGAGAACUUGCCUGCCGAGGAGACGGUGAAGCUGAUGAUGCGCUUUCCCCAGGUCCCUGUUGCGAUGAACACGGGGCAUGCCAUCUCGCUCUUCUUUUCUUCCCGAGAGGGAAAGGCGCCACGCAGCGCAGAGGACGACGCAGAGGGCUUCUUUCCCCCACAUCUCCUCCUGCCGCCCCGCCCAGUCGCUGGCCAGUCCACACAAGACCCGUCGCUUCCCUCUCCGAUUUUUCUUCAGCCGACAAUGGCUGCUUUGUCUUCGCGCUAUAACUUAACCACCGACCAGACGCAGCUGCACAUUCGCAUAGGCGGCGCCUCGCUCUUUUCUCUUCUGCUUCCCGCGUCGCCGAUCGUCGGCUGGAGCCUCGACAAGACGAUGAGCCUCGAGCGGACGCGAGACUGUGACUGCUUCAGGAUCACAGUGUUCGCUCCUCACCCGCCUGCCUUUGCAGAGUUUUCCCUCACCCUGAAAGGAAAAUCGGGGUUGACUUUCAGUUCGACGUCCUCUCUAAUGGACCCCCUGGAGCCUGUCGCAGGCUGUCGAGAGGCGUCUCUUUUCGCGGCGGCGCUCUCGCCAGAGGCGUUCACGUCCCCUCCGCCGCCGCAGGAACACAGGAAGGCUUCUGCAUCCCGUCGGCGACAACGCGCGAAGGCGCGCACAGAUAGUCGCGGGCAGGGGCCGCCACAUAUCGUUUUCUGGGAAGAACUGGAGAGACGCCUGCCGGCGUACGUUGUAGGGACCUACUACGCCGCGGAGCACAUCCAGUGGGAGAUACCCGCGCCGCCCUUCGACGGACGCUUUUAUGGGUAG